GACCUGGCUCUGAGCGAAGCCUCCCUCUGGGGAACUGCAGAGCCGAGGAGGAACAAGAGUUUUGCUGGAAGAGAGAGAGAGAGAGAGAGAGAGAGCAAGGGGAAGCCGGAGGCGGACCGUCGAAUCUCCCCCCUAACACACACUCGCCGUCUCCAGGAGGAGGAGGAGGAGGUGAAGAAGAAGCAGCGGACUGAGGAGAGGCAGCCGGCGGACACACACGCACACAUACUAGGGAAGAGAAGCCGAGACAGACACACAGGCUGUUUGGCGCUCACGUCACCCCCACGUUAUGGAUCAUUACGACGAAGAGCAGGUCUACAUGCAGCAGGAGGACGACUGGGACCGGGACAUGCUCCUGGAUCCCGCCUGGGAGAAGCAGCAGCGAAAGACGUUCACAGCUUGGUGCAACUCUCACUUGAGAAAAGCCGGCACGCAGAUCGAGAACAUCGAAGAGGACUUUCGGGACGGUCUGAAACUCAUGCUCCUGCUGGAGGUCAUUUCGGGGGAACGUCUGGCCAAACCCGAGCGAGGCAAGAUGAAAGUGCACAAGAUCUCCAACGUGAACAAAGCGCUGGACUUCAUCACCGGCAAAGGUGUCAAGCUGGUGUCCAUCGGCGCCGAGGAAAUUGUCGACGGCAAUGCCAAGAUGACAUUGGGAAUGAUCUGGACCAUCAUCCUCCGCUUUGCCAUCCAAGACAUUUCCGUUGAAGAGACGUCCGCCAAGGAAGGCCUCCUGCUGUGGUGCCAGCGCAAGACGGCGCCCUACAAGAACGUCAACAUUCAGAACUUUCACAUCAGUUGGAAAGAUGGUUUGGGCUUCUGUGCGCUUAUUCAUCGGCACCGCCCGGAGCUCAUCGACUAUGGGAAACUACGCAAGGACGACCCCAUGACCAACCUGAACACAGCCUUCGACGUUGCCGAGAAGUACUUGGAUAUUCCCAAGAUGUUGGAUGCAGAAGAUAUCAUUAGCACCUUGAGGCCAGACGAGAAGGCCGUCAUGACUUACGUGUCGUGUUACUACCACGCCUUCUCGGGCAAGCAGAAGGCGGAGACGGCGGCCAACAGGAUCUGCAAGGUGCUGGCUGUCAAUCAAGAGAAUGAGAAGCUGAUGACCGACUAUGAGAAGCUGGCCAGUGAUCUGUUGGAGUGGAUCCGCCGCACCAUCCCAUGGCUGGAGAACCGCGUGCCUGAGAACACCAUGCAGGCCAUGCAGCAGAAGCUGGAGGACUUUCGAGACUACCGCCGGCUACACAAGCCGCCCAAAGUGCAGGAGAAGUGCCAGCUGGAGAUCAACUUCAACACGCUGCAGACCAAGCUGAGGCUCAGCAACCGGCCCGCCUUCAUGCCCUCCGAGGGCCAGAUGGUGUCGGACAUCAACAACGCCUGGGGCAACCUGGAGGGCGCCGAAAAGGGCUACGAGGAGUGGCUCCUCAACGAGAUCCGCCGCCUGGAGAGACUGGACCACUUGGCCGAGAAGUUCCGACAGAAAGCGGCUAUCCACGAAGGCUGGACACAAGGCAAGGACGAGAUGCUUCAGCGCAAAGACUUUGAGACGGCGUCGCUGUCGGAAAUCAAGGCGUUGCUGAAGAAGCACGAAGCCUUUGAGAGCGACUUGGCUGCCCAUCAGGACCGCGUGGAGCAGAUUGCGGCCAUCGCGCAGGAGUUGAAUGAGCUGGAUUACUACGACUCACCAAAUGUAAACAAUCGCUGCCAGAGAAUUUGUGACCAGUGGGAUGCCCUUGGGGCUAUGACCAAGCAACGUAGUGAAGCACUCCAGAGAACAGAAAAACUUCUGGAAACCAUCGAUGAGUUGUACCUGGAGUUUGCAAAGAGAGCAGCACCAUUCAACAACUGGAUGGAGGGCGCCAUGGAGGAUCUACAGGACUCCUUCAUAGUCCAUACCAUUGAGGAAAUCCAAGGACUCAGCACGGCCCACGAGCAGUUCAAGGCCACGUUGCCGGAGGCUGACAAAGAGCGCCAGGCCAUCCUGGGCAUCCAUAAUGAGAUCGCCAAGAUCAUGCAGACGUACCACGUCAACAUGUCCGGCAUCAACCCUUACACCACCAUCAACCCUCAGGAGAUCAACGCCAAGUGGGACAAGGUACGACAGCUGGUUCCUCAGCGUGACCAGGCCUUGAUUGAGGAGCACGCCCGGCAGCAGAACAACGAGCGUCUGCGGCGCCAGUUCGCCGGCCAAGCCAACGUCAUCGGGCCUUGGAUCCAGACCAAGAUGGAGGAAAUCGGUUACAUCUCAAUGGAACUGCACGGCACGCUGGAGGACCAGUUGGCGCACCUGCGGCAGUAUGAGAAGAGUAUCGUCAACUACAUGCCCAAGAUUGAGCAGUUGGAGGGAGACCACCAGCUCAUCCAGGCCGCGCUGAUCUUUGACAACAAGCACACCAACUACACCAUGGAGCACAUCCGUGUGGGCUGGGAGCAACUUCUGACCACCAUCGCUCGUACCAUCAACGAGAUCGAGAACCAGAUCCUGACGCGGGAUGCCAAAGGCAUCAGCCAGGAGCAGCUCAACGAGUUCAGGGCCUCCUUCAACCACUUUGACAGGAAGAGAACGGGAGUGAUGGAUGCAGACGACUUCAAGUCCUGCCUUAUCUCCGUUGGUUACAAUCUGGGCGAGAACGAGUUUGCCCGCAUCAUGAGCAUUGUGGACCCCAACCGCAUGGGCGUGGUCACCUUCCAGGCCUUCAUUGACUUCAUGUCACGCGAGACGGCCGACACAGACACGGCCGACCAGGUCAUGGCCUCCUUCAAAGUCCUGGCAGGAGACAAGAACUACAUUUUGGCGGACGAGUUGCGGCGGGAGCUGCCCCCCGACCAGGCGGAGUACUGCAUGGCCCGCAUGGCCCCGUACACGGGCCCCGAUGGCGUGCCCGGGGCCCUCGACUACAUGUCCUUCUCCACCGCCCUUUACGGCGAGAGCGACCUUUGAACUCUCUCCGCCGCCCCGCCCUUUACCCGCCCACUUUUUUUUUAUUUUUUUUUUUUAUGUUUCUGGCCUUAUAUUGUUUUGUCCUCACAAGUUGUGCUCCUUUGCUCCCCCCAUGCCAAGCAGUUUACACAGAGAAAAACGUGUUAUGUUUUUAUUUUCUUGUUGUUGUCCUCGUUCAUAAAGAUAUAAAGUUAACAUAUUUUAUAAUACUGAACAAAAAAAAAGGUAUUUUUCUUCACCUGGUUAAGAGUGAGAGAUGGAAAUUGUAAUAAAGAAAAAUUGCUUU